UGCGUCAUCAGUGUAUUCCGGAACAUUUUGGAACGCACAGGCAGUCUAGUGUUCUAUGUGUGUGUUCUACGAUGGAUUGGUGUAAUCGUCUCUUGUUAUCAAGUGCUGGCUUCUGUCUCUUUUUAAGUGUGUUGGCUCAAGGUGAGGAGAAUAUGAGGGAGACAGAGUCUCAUAGUAUCUUAUAUUGUCUAUAAACCAUCAUCAGAUUUAGGCACAGAAAACACAGCAGGUUAGGCUAGUAAGCACUUUUUACAUCAAGUUUAUUGUAGGCCAGCAGAAUGGUCACUGGCUAGCUGAGCUUUUCAGCUAAGUAAUAAAACGCAUUUGAAUGUUGUUAAAGAUAUUGGUGAAUGAAUAUACAAGUACCACAGUGUUCUGAUGGCUAUUUGUUUUAGAGGGGGUGUUUGACACAACAACAGUUAAUAACACCAGUUCAACAAAUAAAUGGGAACCCACAACACUGCAGUCAGUUAGAAAAUGUACUUGCUUCAGUUUAAUUUAUCAACAUUAUAUUUGGGUAAUGGUAAAGUAUUUGGUGAAGUUUUGUAGAUUAACAGGUGCUUAAAUUCAGGCACCAAUAACCUUCUGUCAAGGAAAGUUGCCUCUAUAUCGUGUUUUAUAAAACAAUUUAACAUCAGAAACGUAGAGAACAGCAUGCAUUUUUUAUUUUGUAAAACAACAAUGGUUUGUUCAUUUGAAAUUGUGCAUUUUCAGUAAUUCGUACAGACAAAAAAUGAAAUGUAACAAAUGUUCUCAUAAUUGCUCAAGCCAAACUAUAGUAAAUGUAAUAGCUUGCAAGUCUAACUUAAACAAUAUACAAACAAAAUGACAAAUUAAAAAGCAAUAAUACUUAACUUAUAAAGAUGUGUAACAGCCUCCCUAGGUCGCUACCCAAACCCCAAACGAGCAACCUGUAUCAUGCAUAAUAUAAACCAAAAAAGAAGAUUCGGGAUAUGGCUGUGUAAAUCUACAGAAGGAAUAUAAAACAGAACAUAGUGUGAUAUUGUUAAAGAUACAAUAUUAUAUGCGCAACAAUAUGUGAGUGCAAAAGAUUGUUGCGCAUAUAAUAUUGUAUCUUUAACAAUAUCACACUAUGUUCUGUUUUAUAUUCCUUCUGUAGAUUUACACAGCCAUAUCCCGAAUCUUCUUUUUUGGUUUAUAUAGUAAAUGUAAGUUUGCCAAAUAUAUUUAUUCACAAUCUUGUUUGGUACAUGGAUUUGCUUUCCUGGAGAUUUAGAUGCAAAUAUACAAAGGAAGAUCAUUUUGAUUGUGCAACUCCUGCAAUAUAUGCAUUUCUAGUCAGCCAUCUCCAUUUAUUCCUUAACAUAAUAUUGUAAUAUAUUUUGUUAGGAAAACAUGGUGAAUGUGGCCAAAUUAAAUGAAUGAAAGAAGGGUGUAUUUAGUUAUAUGCAUAGUUUACCCUUGAGUUCCAUAUGGUGUCAUAUAUCAAAAGCAUUUUCUUUUGUGUUCAAUCUCUUAGUAUUUUACUAUAAAUGUGUAUGUUAGAAGACUUCUUCUAAAACAUAUAUGUAUUGGUAAAUUAGUUUAUUUGACCUAGCAACUAAUUUGUGUUUUAAAUAAAAAAAGUAUAUAUUGGACUCUAAAUCGUUUUGUUUUUUUAUUGUCUUAAUUUAUCCAGGUCAAGAUAUUGAGGAUAUCCCACAAAAGGAUGACAAACCAAUCAAUCAUCUGAACCCAAAUACUCAAAUGCCUAAAAAUACUGAAGACAUUUAUGUCCCAGAAAUUGUUCAGUACAAGACUGCGGAGAUUGCAGAUGCAAUGCAGAGUUCGGACAUUUUAACUAAUCCUUCUGUACUGUUCUCCACGGUACCAAAAAUGAUGAAGGAUAGACAUAUUUCAGAAGCAGUUUGUGAAAAAACAAUAGAUAGUAAAGAUUGCAAUACCCAUCAAAGUCUGAUAGAUGCGGCACAUGAUUUUGCUGAUACUCAUAAUAAAGCAAGCAUUCAUAGUGCUGAAUCAGAUGCAGAGACAUUAAAGACAGAUGAAUCCAAUAUCACAGACAGCAGCAAGCCUUUGAAAGUUGUAUGUGAGGAGCGUAACAUUACUGGUCUUGAGAAUUUUACACUCCAGAUACUCAAUGUUUCACAGGUUUGACAUAUAUCUCAUUAUUAUCUCUGUAUUUAGGAUAUCAUCUGAGAAUAGAUAAAAUGUUUAUAAAAUGUUUUUGAAAUUUUUUCAAAGAUAUUCUAAAUGUAAGAAGUUACAAAGAUAUUAAGAAGAUCCCUCCAACUCAUGGUGUCUUGUCAUUGCACAUCACCCCUUGUCAUAAUUGGCAAAGCACGUAGGCCAUUAAGGGGAAACCAUAGGAAAACAAUGAAUGUAUGGGGAUUUUCAAGAAGCUGGACGUCCAGCGUCCUUUUACAGAGUUAAAAUCUGGAAGACCGCAUUUAGAGGCAGUCUUAACCUUGCAAUUUAAACUGCAGUGUUUUACAUUGCAAAGUUAAGGGGACAUGGACACUCAGACCACUUCAAUGACUGGGUAUCCUUUUACAUAGUUAUAUAGUUGAAAAGAGCCAUUCAUUCAUCAACUUCUGCCUUUCUCACAUUUUUUUCUGUUGAUCCAAAGAAGGCAUAAAUCCCAUUUUGAAGCACUUGUAAUUUUGCAACAAACUAGGGAAAAAUAUAUUAUUGAAACCAGCAUGGAAUGGCUGUCAGAUCUCGCCUUGGAUCAAGAUCUUUUGUUGUUCUGUUUUGCCUUUCCUAAAAAGGGAAAGGGAGUCCUUACUUUUCUUUCUGUAGAAGAGAAAAAAGCAAACAGAUUUGAGGGGUGGGAAACAAGGCUGUUUGCAGGAUUAUUCCCUAAACAGAAAAUUAUUGCAAAUUGAUCAAAUGGAAAAUGUUAGACUAAAACAGCUGAGCUGGGACUAUAGCUGCAUUUGAUAAUAAUCACAGUUUUUGUUAAUUUCUGACAAUAUCUGGUACAGUAAGUAACUCAAAAUAAAUGAAAGGGAGACAAAGAAAACAAUGUCAGUAUGCAUGCAGAGGGAGGGUGUGUUUUCAAACUACAAUGCAGACAGUGGUAGACUUGGCAAUAAAGCCACCCAAGCCUAAUCUAACAUAACCUUUAUGUGUAUACAACACAUAAUAUGUUAGAAAUUUAGAAGAAGUGGGGAUAAUUAUUAUUAAAAGUGUGACAUACAAGAUCUGAUCUUGUGGCAUUGUAAGGUAGAGUGUAGGGUUUAAAUAUGAAGGUAGAGAAUAUCAGUUUGAGGUAAUAAACGUACAGUGUCCAGGUUAUGUCACAUGAACAACUUAUUUUUGCUAAGAUAGCAAACCAUUGUGGUGAAAAUAAAAACCUCUCAUAUUUGUACUAUUUGUCCGUGUUGUAUACCUGGAAACUAUCACAGUAAUUACAGUUUCCUUGAGGUCCCUAAAGGAAACUUUAAGCACCAAAACAAUUUUAGCUUAAUGAACUAGUUUUGCUGUAUAUAUCAUGCACUUGAAUUCACUUUGUUUAUGCUGCCUUCACCACACUAUACAUGGCAGUUACUCACAUGUCUCCCUAUAUACUUCCUGAAAAAGAGGCUGCUAUUAUUAUUAUUUUUUUAAGAUUCCCUUAUUGUACUCUGUGUUUAGUUUAGAAUGUUUUCUCUUAAAAUAUGGGAUAGGCAUAAGGCUCUCCUAGACGUUAGAUAAGGCCAGGGACUAAUGAAAUAUUUUGGAAAAUUGGGCAGACUAGAUGGGCUGAUGGGUUCUUAUCUGCCGUCACAUUCUAUGUUUCUAUGUCAUUUUGCCAGUUCCUAUAGGGAAAACUUAACUGUGCUCUGAUUUGUCCAGGUUAUAUAACUAGUUCAUAUUCCUCUGUCCAGCAAAAGUGACAUCAAGGUGAUGGCCAUGUGAUUGGCAAGAGGUUAAUGUAAUAUGAACUUUUUUACAUCUGCCGACUGGAUGUUUUCAUAUCUUACAGGACCUGAUGGAGUUUUUGAAUCCUAAUAGCACAGAAUGCACCCUGGUAUUGUUCUAUACCCCUUGGUGUCGUUUUUCUGCAGGACUGGCGCCGCACUUUAAUUCCCUACCAAGAGCCUUUCCUAUGCUACAUUUUUUGGCACUUGAUGCUACACAACACAGCAGGUAUGUUUGUCUGUUUAUUCACUAAACACUGAAUUUACUAAAAUAUAUUUGGCAAACUUAUUUUGUUUUGUUCUAUAGCAUUUGGUUGAUAAAUUUAUCCUAACGUUCACUGCACACAGCUGAAUUUCAAAGAAAAAUAAGAUGCCAAUAAGGUUGGAGUAGGGUUUUGAGGGAAAGCUUGUGUAUGGAAGUCAUUCAAGUUGUAAGGGAAAACCCAUGUUAUUAUUCACAAUAAAAUAUUCAAUGAUGUAGCUUCUGGGUAGUAUUUGGAAAUGCAUACAUGUACGUAUAUGCAGUAACAAGAUGAAUGAUACAUUUACUUUGCUAUAUUUCUAGUCUACAAAAGGCAGAAACUUAGCGUUGGAGACCAGUUAGAGAAAAUCUGUGGUCAGAACAGGCAGGGUCUCCUGCUUGAUCCAGUGUACAAGCAGCUGACAUUCCUUGUUGCCAAAAUGUUGUGAAAACUAACAUUGCUAGUUCAGAAGUGGAACAUCGGCCUUAAUAAUCCUGUGAAAGAGAGGCUUGACUGUGGGUGCUGAAAAACAGUUUGACACAUAACUGGGGGAAGACACAUUCAGAAGAGGCUAUAUGGUGCUCCUUUAAUCAUAGGUAGGGUUAGCGGAAAAAAAAAAUCAAAGAGUAGAGAUCCCUUACAACUGAAAAUUAUGUGGCAUAACAUUUUGUGAAAUAUUCCUCAGUGUGAUUCUUAUGCCUUCUUUAGCAAAUAUUGUGUUACUGUGAUCAUAAUUUCUUGUGUUUAUUUAUGUAUUUUUUUUUUCUUCUCUUCAGCCUCUCUACUCGAUUUGGUACUGUAGCAGUUCCUAAUAUCCUAUUGUUUCAAGGUGCCAAGCCUAUGGCCAGAUUUAAUCACAGUGAAAGGACUCUAGAGACUCUAAAAUCAUUUAUAUUUAACCAGUCAGGUAUGGGAUAUUUUCUCAUUAUUACAUAAAACAUGUAACUCAUUCUAGUGUUGAUUGUAUUAAUACUUGUUUACAUUUCAGCUAUCAUAAUUUCAAAUUUAAUUCAAUAGCAACCAAAUCACUCCUUUUUCUUUUUUUUUCAUGGAUUCCUACAUUUGUAUGGGCAGAAAGCAUCCACAAAGCCAGGCUCAUGGGACUUCUUCAUUGAAAGGGAUAUUUUUUUUAUUUUAUCUGAUCUUUUCUUUGAUCUGUCUAUCUCCAUAAAUAGCUAUAUAACUUUAUUAGUAGAUGUUGUAAGAAGACACACAUUAUAGAAGAACUAUUUUAUCCUCCGGGCUAAAGACAAAGCCCAAUUUGAUCAAACGAACUCCAAUAGCAUGCAGGGAGACUUGUAUGUUUUUUUUUUUUUUCGAACCUGUCUCCUUUCCAUAAGUGGAAUACUCUGUGACUCCACAAAUUAUGUCUGCUACUAAUUUAGGCCACAGCUUAUGAGGAGACACUGGCUUCAAUAGAUGCUUGGUUCUCCCCAUGAGCAAAUGGAUUUAGCCCCUGUUUAUGCUUAAAGGGGCACUAUAUGCACCCAGACCACUUCAUCUCAUUGAAGUGGUCUGGGUGCAUAUUCCCAGGUCUCUUAACGCUGGACAGGUAAUUAUUGCAGUUUUUACUUGUAUGGGUUAACUCCACCUCUAGUGGCUGUCUACCACUUUUGGUUGCCUAACUGACGCUGGACGUCCUCACACUAUGAGGACAUCCAGCAUCUCCCAAUACCCCAUAGGAAAGCAUUGUAUAAUGCUUUCUUAUGGGGCUCUUCUAAUGCAAGCUUGGUUGUUGCCGCUCAUGUGCAUUAGGUCUACCCCACCAGCUGAUGGAGGCGCGGGCGGAGGGGAGGGGAAGUGUAGGCAGACUCCAAGCCGACAUCGGUGCUGGAACAAGUGUCUUUUAAGGGUCUUUUAACUCAUGGGGGUGGGCACUAUAGGGUGCAAUGGUGCCAGGAAAACAACUUUGCUUUUCUGGCACUUUAGUUUCCCUUUAAAGAUAGCGCAUAGAAAUCCAAGAUAAAGGGUUACCUUACCUUUGUAAUCACCUAAUUGUAUGUCAGAUGGUGUAAGGUAUUACAAAAUAAAAAAAAUUAAGAUGUACUGUUCUUUUGAAUAUAACUAAAAUGUAAGGUAGAGGUGCAAAGUACACAGUACACAGAGCAUUUUACUGUGAAGUAUCAUGACAUUUGUAUCACAUUCAGAAUCAAGAGACAUUGAAUUUGGAAUCACUAGUUCCUUAAGCUAUGCAGAUCUAUGUAAAUGUUAUAUGCCAUCUCCAAGAGUUUAUGGUUGCCGCAGGUCGAGACAUUAAAAGUGCCUAAUAUAAGGAUUGUAGCUGUGAUAAAGGUGAUGUGCUACUUCAGGUACUCAUAUAAAAUUCACUGUCCACAUAGUCAUAGAGCAGUACAUAAUUACUAUGUGUACUUAAAUUGCAUUUCUUUCAAUAAGCUCAACAUUAUUUCUAUUUUAUUAUUCUAUUGUGCUCCUAGCCCACUCAAUGUUAAUGAAAGUGAAGUCUAAUAAGGCCUGUAUCUAUUAUAUUUCAUAUACUUUAAAUCAUAACAGAGCUUAAUAAACAAUUUAGAUUGUAUAUCAAUUAGUCUUUCUAUGACGUGGUUUCAUUGGCUAUCUGCUUCCUCUCCCCAGGAAUUCAGGCUAAAACUGAUGUGGCACUUACAGAAGCAGAUUAUGAAGGCCCCUUGCCCAGUGUUCCACUUGGGGGAAUAGACUGGCUGCUAGCCUUCUCAUUGCUGUAUGUGACAGUCUUCAUAUUAUAUGCAACAAUGCAGACUGAAAGUAUUCGAUGGCUUAUACCUGGCCAGGAGCAUGAACACCAGGAGUAAACUGACUUUUUUUUCAAUCAUCUGGACGCUGAAAUUCGAAUUUGUUUUCCUAAGGAAAGUACACUAGUUUGUGUGUAUGGAUGUUUCCUCUUGCAGUUUUGAAUUGAUGUAUAUUGUACAUAAAAUAGACUGAUUGGUUUGGACUCCGAAAUAUAAUGUUAUUGAUUUAUACAUACAUAGUUUUUUUUUUGUCUGAAUGUUUCCAAUUUUGCUACUAAAAAUAGAGCCAAUUUAUACACUUCAUGUUUUCCUUUACCAUUCUGUUAAUCUUUAAAGCGGCACUGUAACCAUCUGGGGACUUCACCCACCACUGGUGGUACGGUGUCUGGAGGUGGGGGAGAAGGUGAGAUUUACUUACCUGACCCUGUCCCUUGUGGGUGCUGCCAUUUUAUUUUCUAGACGGUCCUCUUCUGCUCCUGACGCUUCAGCAUUAAGGUCUAUGGAGGAUCUGGCUAAUAUAUCUGCAGCCAUCACUGGUGACUUUUGAGUGGGGUGUUGGGGGAAGGAGAGUGCUGCUUUAAAUGAAAAGCUUUAAAAACCUUUUCUUGGGGGGGAAAAAAUUACUUGAAAUUGCUAUUAUUUUGUUCUAUUUAUCUCUCUUUUGAAUAUAACUAAAAUGUAAGGUAGAAGUGCAAAGUACACUCACUUUGCUAUGUUCUUUCCUAAAAAGGAAGCAUAGGAAAUACACAAGUGAACACUCACCACUUAAGCACAGAGGCUUCUCAAUGAGAAGUCUCUGAUUGUUGUAUUUGCCAUGUGUGUGGGAGUAUAUCUACUAAACUGAUACAUUUUCAAUCUAGUGUUCCUUUAAUUGUUUCCUGGGCUACAUGAGCAGUGAGACUCAAGCUCAAAAUUAAAGGAACACUAUAGUGUUAGCCCCACAGUGCUUUUGUAUUUCUACCGUGCAUCCUAGAGAUGCAUGGAAUUUGUACAUCUCUAUGGGGACCUCUCAACGCUUCCAUGCCGAGCAUGGAGACACUGGACGUGAGUACUGCACAUUGUGCAGCACUGACCCAGGAAGCACCUGCUACUAGAGGUGUUACUAGGCAGUAAUGUAAACACAGCAUUUUCUCUGAAAAGCCUUUAGGGACAUUCUAUACACACACCAGAUUAACUACAGUCAGCUGUUCUUCUGGUGAGUAUAGUGUCCCAUUAUCUUAGUAAAUGAGCAGUGGAAUAAAACCUGAUUUUGACAGAAAAAGAGUGAGUCCAAAUCUGAGAUGUGAACAGAUUGUAAAUGCAGUUAAAAGUGUGGAUGGUUGCUAAAUUUCAAAUAUUUAAAGGAGGGAGAGGCAGAAUAGGGAUUAUGGGUUUGUCAUUAACGUGUAAAGGAAAGUGGAAAUAACUUUGAAAUAAGUCACACAAGUAUCUUUUGUUUAGUGGCUUUUAAUUUUGUGCAGAAUUAUGACAGAUUAAACAUGAAUUUCCUUUUAAAGUGCACUCAUACUCAAAAUGGGCUAAAUGAACCCAGAUAUGUUUAAUAAUUAAGUUAUAGGGUGGAAGCCUGAGAUUGUACAUCGAAAUAUGAUUUUUCUUUACAAGAAUGCUGCCAUGAUAAUGUGUAUUUAAAUAUUGAGUUGCAAAGAGCACUGUAUUUUUUUGACAAAAAUAGUUUGUCCUAUCUUGUACUUACUUGCUAACAAAUGGUGUAACUUUAUUCAUCCAUAUUUAAAACUAGAGUUUCAUUUAAUUUUG